AUGCACAUUGGUGAGGUCAGCGAGGCCAUAGGCUUCACACAGUUCUGGGGCAACAGCUUUGCCUGUGACCUCAUCGAGGAACCUCUUGGAGAACACAGGACGGAACUCUCUGGUCUGAGCAAACUCAUUGACUUCUCAACCCUCAAGUUUAGGGACAGAGAUGAUGUCCAUGAGGCCAUCGGGUUCUGGGGGGAGUCGGUGGAGUUCGAUGCGAGGAGCCUAAGAGACCAGCGUCUGAGGGGUUAUUAUAAGACACGUUACGACCACCGGAAGAAUCUCCUAGAUUGGGACUACCAUAAUGGAAUCAAGCCCAUGGCUCCUGCAGUGCACUGGCAGAUAUCGAAUGAGCAACAUGUUCAUAGCAGCCACGAGAUUGCUGAUUUUAAUCUCGCAUGCAUAUUGGCAGAGAUCGCCACUCGACAGGUCAAGAAAUUGCCUCCGAAAAGCAAAGACGAAGACUCCUAUCCGUAUAAGAGCCCGCUGGAGCGAGUGAGGUGUACCGUAGAGGAAGUCGAUGAUGAUGACAGUGAUGAUGCUGGAGUCACUGAGGGCGUCAAGGAGCGACUUUUACCGGCCGGAUUCCAGAAUGUGCGUAUACACUUCUUGUCGGGUGACCUGAGCAGCAACAUACUGCAAAGGCAGAAAUAUAAGCGGUAUUUUGACAGGAUAUAUGUCGGUUGCCUCGAAGUCAAUGGUCUCAUGGGAGAGGAGUCGGGACAGGAUUUUGCGGAGGCCAUGGUGACGGGAUGUGGCAGCAGACUUUCCGUAGAGACCUUCAAGCAUCAAGUGUGUUUGUCGGGCAAGCAGAAGUUGGCCGUCAGGAAGAAGGUACAAGAGGCAUGUGAGCGUAUCGGCUUGGAGCCUGUGGCUGAUCACAUGAAGGCUCCUAGCGUCACUGAGAUGAGGCUUCUAUUGGAGGCCUUAAAGUGUGAUGAGAUCUAUUCCCAUCAGUUGGAUGAAGGAGCUUAUCCUUCCUUGCCACAGGAUGACCUACCGAUCAACGUCGCCCACAGAUGCAACUUACUGCAUGCGAACUACCUCGUGGCUGUGGCGGUUCUCCUUGUGAACAUUUUCAACACCAUCAUCACCAUACUAGCUUACGAGGCUCCCUGGAUCAACCUCUUGUACACUUUUCUAAAUUUCAUCAUCUUUGGUUCCGCAGCAUUCACCGUCUUUUACCUCGGAUACUUGGGCAUGGCGAUGCGCUCUAAGAAGCACCUACUGUACUACAAGAUUGCCGCGGGCGUUAUGAUCAUCAUUGGCCUCUACUUUAUGCUAGCCGGAGGAGGUGCCAUCAACGGCUUCUUGAAGGAUCUCACUUACCACGUUAGAGGCUAUUGGUGGUUCGCUGUCAUUCUGGAGAGUUUGAUGUGGUUCGCCUACGUGGCGCUGUCGUGCUACAAUCUCUACCUUAUGAUUAGAUUCUGCCCAGUUAGGUUCGACGAUCUGGGAUUGGUGUGGUACAAGGUGAGAGGCCGGCAUCUUCGGCCUGAGGAGCGUAUAGUACUGUUUGAUCAUCCUCCGGAAAAGUUUGAUAUCGAGUGGAGCAGAAGUUCGAAACUCAUAGCGAGCUACUUACGGGUUCGAGAAGCAAUCCAAGAGGCACACGACCCUAUACUGGCUCGCGCUGCCUUCCCUGGGCUGAGGACAAAGAAGGUGCCACCUACGGAGGAUACACCUGAGAUGCUCUGGGUUCUGUUGAGGGAGCGGUAUGAGAUGCCGGUAAGGCAGUAUGUUGUACUCUAUUAUAUGCAUGGUGGAUUCUUGUGCUUCUACGACGGGGUAUCAACGCAUCGUCUAUUCGUCGCUAGGAUGGUUGACGUCUUGCAAAAGAGGCUUAGGGAAGAUGGCAUGGACGGGGUUAAAGUGGUCGCGUUAAUUGUCAAUUAUACAUUGGCACCGAAGGCUGUGCUACCAACACAGCUGCAGGAGGUUGUUCAGGGCUACAAGUACAUACUCACGCAAGACAGAUACCCGGUUGAAGCUAGUCAUGUGGUUGUAUCGGGUGACUCUUCGGGAGGCACACUCUCAUUGAGCUUACUCAAAUGUCUGGUAUGCAACUAUUUCGCCGUCGAUUUGCCGCGCCCGGGUUGCUGUGUUGCGAUGUCGCCCGUGGUGGACAUGCGAGGAAGGCUUGGUCGACGGUCGCUGGAUGUGGGCAGGGAUGUGGUGCUGAACUCCGCUGGAUGGUAUGCGGGCAGCUGUGCUCUUUAUGGGAGGCCAUCAAGACCUCGAGAGAGGAUGAACCUUCAAGACAGGCCUGCCGAAGAUGAUGAACAUCUUCGUAGGAGUGGCAAGUUCAAGGAUGCGGAGUGGAAACGUGUGCGGCAGUUGUCUCCCUCGGGGAAACCUGAAGAUAAUCCUCUUUUCUCCCUCAUAUGCGGUGAACUAUCUCCGCGAGCAUUUGGUGAAGUGCCGAUACUCCUACAGGCGGGUGGCUCUGAAGGCUUAGCCGAACAGAUAGCUGCCUUCGCCGAGGCUGCUCAUGGCGCGGUGACCUUGGAGUUGUAUGAGAACAUGUUCCACUGUUUCCAGCAGUACUCGGUGAGGCGAGUGACUCCGGGUUGA